ACUAUUCUCUAGACAACACUGCUGGGUGCUCUGCUGCUGGAAUAAGCUGGUCCCGCAGCUGUUCUCUUUGUCGCUGCUGGUACAGCCGUCACCGUACGUAAUCGGUUGCGCGGUGGCUUUAUGAAACAGCCGUUAUGUAAACUACUUCCAGUUACGAUCUGUUUCUUUUUGUGUGUGUGUUUGAGAGUUCGACGGAUUUCACCGCAUCCCUGAGGUGUUCUACUGUCUUUCACGAUGCGUACAAGGAACAGAGAGGUCCACGACGGUGCAGGCCGCCACCGCUGUUCUCGGUAGUCUAAGCGCCUGCUUGUGGUAAAGAGUAUUUGUGCCUGGCCAGCAUCAGCGGUGCGGUGACGGUAGUGCUGAGAGUUGGUCUGAGUGACAACGGAAACAGUCACCUGCGAGGGCACAGUGAACAUACGCGCAGACCCGCGCGCGUCACCGGUUCGGAGUGUCGAUAUUUCUGAUUCAUUGCUAUUGGCCUACUUUUCAAUGACGGAGUUGUCUCUAGCAUACUUUACGCAGCAGUAUCAUGAACAACGACAACAGCAGGACCGAUUACCAUUACUGCUGCUAAUCUAAUCCAUCUUUGUUUGUGUUUUUCUGUACACAUUUUGUCUGUUUGGUAUUCGGUGCGGCCGCCCACUGCAGCUGCUAUCCGCAUCGCUACUUUUCCGUAGCGGUGACGAUAGAUCGAUGCCUAUCAGCAUCCGGUUGCUCAACCAUCGCCACUCGGCCGCCAUUCGCGUUGACGCGAGCAGCGCGCUGCUACCUGCCUAGCGUUUUGCCUGCUGACGUCAUACCCGAACAAGCAGGGGCAUAAGCGCGCGGAAUGACCUCUACUACAAGUGUAGUUGCUACACGGCUGUAGUGGCUGAACCAACCCAUAGGUCUCGUGGCGUAUUCUGUCGCAAGCAGCGGAAGGAAUCGACCGGAGACGGGGCACUGGACAGGCAGACGCGGAGAAAGACCGAACGAAACGAAACAAAAAAGAACAAACAGGCAGAAAAUAAGCAGGAAUACGAAAGCCAGGAUCCGAAAGGUGCUACUGACGCUGUCAAUGGGGUUAUGUCAAGUAAAAAAGAAACACAGCCGUUAAAAUUAGCAGACAUCACUAAUGUAGCAGCUGUAAGCGUUAACUGCUGUGUAGGUUCCCACCUAAACUACCACUGUUACACGCACUUGGAGAUCAAUCAGCCGCAGAAGGACUGAUUUGAUUGAUUGAUUGUUGUUGUGGUGCUGCGAUUAUGAGGAAUUAAAUACAAAAUAUCAUUUUUCUUCAACAAAAACAAACAACUACUACAAAAAAAAACAAUCGUUUAAGUGCCAAUUGUGUAUUCGACGCGAUCCCGUUUUUCGCAUGGAAGUGGUACAAAUAUUUGCAGACUGGGCCCUGUGACGAAUGCUUCAUUUCUGAUAUCGACAUACGAGUGUAGGUGUCGAGUGUGAAGUGUUUAGUGAAGUGAGUCUAUUGGAGUAAGGUGAGCAAACGAAAUCAAUAGAAGUGGAUGAAGCAAAGAAGCUCGGUUAGUUAACUCCUGUGAAGAUCAUGAUCAUUCGAAUAAAAAUUCACAUGAAAGGCUUGCUGAGCUCAUUGACAACCAGCAAAUUGAUAUGAACGAACGUCUAUGGAAGCGGAUCGUGUUGACGGUGCACAGUGUCUGAUGGUUAAUCUCUACGCUGUGGUCGUAGUUGAGGCUCAGAGGGUUGAAUUCAAUAGUGCUGUCCGAGUCAGUAAAGGCUAACGCCAGCUUAUUUACGCAGGCGCCGCUUAAUCUGUUGUCAGCUUUUCCUGACGGAGACGCCCCGAAAAGGAAGAAGGCAAGAGCAUACCAUAAGAAGAUUUCGAUUAAGAAAGCGUCUCAAGCGGCUCAGCGGUGCUAAAGUGCUCGUAGUGGACGAUCGGCGGAGAUCGCUGUAAAAUCGCGGGAAAACUUCCGAAGUUGUGCGACAUGCCGCUUCCUCAGCUGGCUGAGGGCCCCUGGGCCGUCACCGAAACUGGGCACCGGUUGCCCCUCAGCGCGUUAACUUCGCCCGACGGCCCCCAGGAAGAUAUGACCGUCGACUUUCACGAGUCCACCAUGGCGAGGGAGCACAAUGGAGAGGAUCAAAAUGGCGAAGGUGGCCUUUUGGAGAUAGAGGUUAACAAUGUAACCAAAGAGGGUCACCCGAAGCCAGAUCCGCAACAAUUCAAGCUGCUAAAGGUGCUUGGCCAAGGCUCCUUUGGAAAAGUAUUCCUUGUGAAGAAGACAGUCGGACCUGAUUCGGGUACUCUUUACGCGAUGAAGGUUCUCAAAAAGGCAACCCUAAAAGUGCGGGAUCGGGUUCGUACGAAAAUGGAGCGCGACAUCCUUGCCGAGGUGCGGCACCCAUUCGUAGUUCGGCUUCAUUAUGCGUUCCAGACCGAAGGAAAGCUGUACCUCAUCCUCGACUUCCUAAAAGGGGGUGAUCUCUUUACCCGUCUGAGCAAAGAGGUCAUGUUUACGGAACAGGAUGUGAAGUUCUACCUGGCCGAGUUGGCUCUAGCCUUGCACCAUCUACACUCCCUAGGAAUCAUCUACAGAGAUCUCAAACCAGAAAACAUCCUCCUAGAUGCCGACGGGCACAUUAGCCUAACGGACUUCGGCUUGUCCAAAGAGGCGUUACACGACGAGAAAGCCUAUUCCUUCUGUGGUACGGUCGAAUACAUGGCGCCAGAGGUCAUCAACAGAAAGGGGCAUACGACAGCUGCCGACUGGUGGUCUUAUGGGGUGCUUAUGUAUGAAAUGCUUACCGGGAGCCUACCUUUCCAAGCGCAAACUCGCAAGGAAACCAUGUACCAAAUAUUAAAGGCGAAGCUCAGCAUGCCACAGUUCAUCUCGCAGGAGGCCCAGCUGCUACUCCGAGCGCUCUUCAAGCGAAACCCCGAUAAUAGAUUGGGCUCGGGCCCGAACGGCAUAUGCGAUAUCAAGUCGCACCCAUUUUUCCAAUCGAUCGAUUGGGAAGCCCUUUACAAUCGUCAGGUGACGCCGCCUUUUAUUCCAGCUGUCAACCGAUCCGACAAUACCGUCUAUUUUGACAAGGAGUUCACGUCAAAAACCCCCGAAGAUUCACCGGGAGUUCCGCCGUCUGCCAACGCCCAUGAGCUGUUCAAGGGGUUCAGCUUCGUUGCGCAGCUCGACCAGGAAGAAGUGCAGCCCAACGGUGAUCCUGCUAAAUGGUACAAUCUGAAUUAUAAAGAGUCGAUCCAUAAGGACUAUGAGAUUAAGGAAGAGAUUGGACGUGGAGCAUUCUCAGUAUGCAAACGAUGCGUACACCGCCAAUCAGGGAAAGAAUACGCAGUCAAGAUCGUAGAUAAGUACAAGAAAGACUGCCAGGAGGAAAUCGAGAUUCUUCUUCGUUACGGACAGCAUCCCAACAUUUUGACGGUUUACGACGUCUACCAGGACUCCGGCUCCGUGUUCAUUGUGAUGGAGCUAUUGCGUGGCGGCGAGCUCCUAGAUCGUAUCCUUUUUGAGAAGCACUUCAGCGAGCGCGAGGCUUGUGCGGUAGUCGAAGUUGUGGCUAGGACUGUAAAAUUCCUUCAUGACAAUGGUGUCGUACACCGCGACCUAAAGCCAUCCAAUAUCAUCUAUGCUGAUUCAUCGGGUGUUCCAGAAAGCCUGCGGAUUUGUGAUUUCGGCUUCGCCAAACAAAUGCGCGCUGAAAAUGGUCUUCUGAUGACGCCUUGUUAUACCGCAAACUUCGUAGCACCAGAGGUGCUCAAAAAACAGGGUUAUGACGAAGCAUGUGAUAUUUGGUCAAUGGGUGUACUUCUUUACACAAUGUUAGCGGGCCAUACUCCUUUCGCGUCAUCGAACGACUCACCGGAUGACAUUCUAGCUCGAAUCGGCUCAGGCAAAUUUGAUCUGGAAAAGGGUAAUUGGGCAAACAUCAGUCCGCCAGCGAAGAACCUCGUCGAGAAGAUGCUGCAUGUUGACCCGAAGCAGCGUUACAAAGCCGCUGAUAUCCUGCAGCAUCCAUGGGUGCUGUCCAAAGCUUCAUUGCCAACGCGCCAGCUGCCACACUCGCAAGAUGCACGUCAGAUAAAGGCAGCUAUGGACGCAACCUUUGCAGCUAUCAACGCCGGCCAGAAGAGUCCAGUACUCGAGCCCGUGGAUGCGUCAAGCCUCGCCCGCCGCCGAAAGAACAAUGCAUCUUCACCUCUCAGUGUCAAGAAAGCUUGUCACUACUCGAUAAAUACUACAUCGUGAGCGUGGAUGGAAUCGAAAAACCGUUGUGAGUCGAGAGUGACACUAGAUCGAAACUCUCUUCGGCCAGUAGGUUCCGCAGCCGUUCCAGCAAUAUCCAGAUACAACAAAAUACUGCCGAGCUUGUACACACACAUAACUCCUUGGUAAAGGAUGAAAGUAAAAAAAUGAAUAUAAAUCGACCUAUAUAAUUCAUUUUUUCGUUCAUUCAUUCAGCUAAUUAGAAGUGAUUUUCAGCAGUGGCAAAAAAAAAAA